AUUGAAAUACAAUGAUAAAAGUGCUUAUAAGUGAUGUGAACAACAAAGUAACUAAUUAAAUGAUAUUUUAUAAUAAAAUCAUUCAAAAUAGGUGUCAAUUUGUUAGUGAUUUUGGUCAGCAUUGGGUUCAUUGCCUUCAUAGUAAUGGUCGUCUUAUUAAUGAAAUAUCGCUCAAAGAAAUCGAAGAAAAAGAAUAGCAUUUGUGAGGAAUCGGUUGAGUCCGGGGUCUUAUCGCCCAAUACUAAACGUAUGAAACUGACCAGAUCCGAGACGAAGAGCAGUAGUGAUAACUCUGACUCAAGCGAUGAUGUCCUGUACGAAAAGGACGAGCGAUAUGUGACGGAUAGAGUACAACCCAAACGGCAUUCCCUGCGUUCACAGCAAUCGGUCUCAUCGGUGGACUCGGAGAUGGAUACCAUCCCAACGCUUGUACUGUCGGUCACAACCGAUGAAAAGUACGCUUCGGUGGCACUAAUCAAAGCGAAAAAUCUUCGCCGAAGCGGUUUUUCAGCCAAUGAUAAGCUCAUACCGGAAGGAGUGUUCGCCAGAAUUUACCCCACGAGUAGAUCCGUGUCCUCCGAGGGCUCGCAUUCAGAGGAUGAACCACAGCGACAGACGUGUGAUGAGUACUUUGAGACCACUUUGAUUAAGUCUAAGAAAUCGUCGUUAAUUAAAUUUAACGACAAAGAGAAGUUUGAUGUGUUUAACGACAACUUUCCCAUUCGGAUCUCGAUCUAUGAAUACGAUAAGCAAAGGGUUCGCUACAACAUCGGCCAC